AUGGACGGAGAGCAAGGUCGGCAGCGGCCGGACUCCGGCAAGAACCUCAUAAAGAUCCCGUCCUACCAAGAGGUCUUCGGUAACGGAGCAGCUGCCUCCUCCUCCUCCUCGACGCCCCCCUCCUACAACCCUCCUCUCCCCAGCGCCGCCGCUGCCGCCGCCGGCUCUUCGUCGUCGUCGUCGUCGUUCUCCGAGGCCUUCUCCUUCCUCAAAUCCUCCGAGUUCUACUCCCCUCCCCCGCCGCCUUCACAGCAAUCCACCGCUCCUAGGCCGCCUCUGGCUGGCGCCACCACUACGCCGUCCCAGAGCAAGAACGCCAUUCUCGUGAGCAAUAGGCAGAAAGGGAACCCAUUACUGAAGCACAUCAGGAAUGCGAGGUGGACGUUCGCUGACAUUGUUCCAGACUACGUGAUUGGGCAAUCAUCAUGUGCACUCUACAUAAGUCUCAGGUACCAUCUUCUUCACCCAGACUACUUGUACUAUCGGAUAAGGGAGCUCCAAAAGAAUUUCAAACUCCGUGUCAUCUUGUGCCAUAUUGAUAUUGAAGAUGUAGUAAAGCCUUUACAUGAAGUCACAAGGACAUCACUGCUGCAUGACUGCACCCUUCUGUGUGGUUGGAGGCUUACUAAGAUACUCUUUGACCAAACUGUUCUCUCUUGUAGUCUGGAGGAAUGUGGCAGGUACUUGGAGACUAUUAAAGUGUUUGAAAACAAGCCAGCUGACAGCAUUCGCGAGCACACAGAUAAUGAUUAUUUAUCUCGGUUCACUCAUGCUCUUACAUCCAUCCGGCGUGUUAACAAAACAGAUGUUAUCACACUUGGUUCGUCUUUUGGGUCACUUUCCCGAGUCAUGGAUGCUUCUAUGGAAGAACUAGCUCGUUGUCCAGGAAUUGGCGAACGGAAGGUAAAGCGACUUCAUGAUACUUUUCAUGAGCCAUUUAAACGCGUUACGCCCCGCCCAAACCUCGUAGUACCUGAUACUCCCGACAGAGAGAAAGCGUCUGGUCAGCCUUCAUCGACCAACGAUGGCACGCCGGAAAAGCCAGGCACUUCCAAGAACAAGAAAGGCCCUGAUGUCAAAUCGGCCCUUACUGCUGCAUUUGCGAAGUACUCAGAAAAGAUCCGCAGUCAGGGCCGCGAGGCGGCCCAUGAGGCUGGUGAAGGUCCUAGCAGCUCAACCAUGGAAGGUGACAAGACAAAACAAUUAGAUUAG